AUGUUUACAAUGAGUUCAUUAUGGCGUUCUAGCAUUUUCUUAUUAAUGCUUAUAAUGUUGUACUCAUGUUCGGCCAUAGAUGUCACGUAUGAUUCAAAUGCUCUCAUCAUCAAUGGACAAAGACGUCUUAUUUUUUCGGGUGCAAUCCAUUAUCCUAGAAGCACCGUGGAAAUGUGGCCCGACCUUAUUCAAAAAGCUUAA